AUGAAGGCUGCUCUCAGGGUGCUUUUGCAGUGCCUGGUGCUGUUGCUCCCAUCUGUAGCACUGCCGAGAAAAGGGAGCGUUGGGGAACGGAUUUCCCCUACUGAUGAGCUAGAGCUGCCUCUUUCAAAGGAGUUGGGACUUGAGGAGAGGAAGAGAGAAAAUGCAAGUGUACAUGAAAGAGCAGGACCGAGCUCAUUGGCAAGAUCAAAGAUGACUGUUGCUACUCGCCUCUUUUCCAAGACUGACCCAGGAGCAAAAUGCCUCCAGUUGAACACUGAAGAUAGGGGCAUAAGCUGGUCUGAUUCCAGCCUUCACCCUUGGCCACUUGGGGGGCUGGAAGGUCCAGUGUGCAGGGUGAAAAUGGAGCAGGAUGGAAUGACCUCAAGGCACCUGGAAGUCGUGGGUGUUCUCACCCGCUAUGAAAGCAGCUUCAUCAAGCUGUUAAGACAACGUGCCAGCUGGGAUGGAAGCUAUCUUGAAACCUUUGGGAUCUGUCCGGCCGGGGAUGCACACGCUGCUCUCCACUCCCUGAAACACAUCCGCGCUCACUUGGCAGAGCCAGGGGAGGAUCGGUUCCUUGUGCUGCAUCUAGAGGAAGUGAAGUGGGAGACCCAGGCAAAGCUGCAGUUUAAGCUGGUUUUCCAGGCGGACGUGGGGCAGUCGCUGGGAGAGCUGCGGUUCGCCUUGCUGCUGUUCUACCUGGGCGGCCGAGCCAGGAAAGGCACCAGGGAGAGAGCGGAGCUGCUGGCAGCGGGCCACGGGCUGUCCCAGGAGCAGAGCUUCUGCCUCUCUAAGGACACCCAGUACUUGGUCCUCGGAGCCUCAGUAGCAUCUGUGACCCGCACAGACAAGCAGCUCAGCUUUGAGGUUUCCUUGGCAAUUAGCCGUCGUGGUGACAGAGAUGCCUCCCUGCCCUCAGCAGAGACCCAGCAGCUCCUUUUUGGCUCUGAUGAAAAGUGCUUCACCAGGAUGACACCUGUGUUGCUCCUGCUGGCGAAGUCACGGCGGGCAGAACACGCUUUGGCCCCUUCUUCCUACCUCUCUGCUGCUGGGGCGGUGGAAGUGGCUCCAUACCCACAGCUCAGCCCACCCCAGACUGACCCUAAGGAGCUGCUGUCCCCCACCUUGCCAAGCCAAGCCAAUGCUUCAGCCCCAGCUCUCAGUGGCAGCAGCCAUUUUCUGGACACCUUGACCAGGUUCAUCCGGCAGGUCCUGAGCCCCUCCAGCGAGCCGCCCACCCAGCCCAGCACUCACCACUGGCUGGAUUUCCAGAUGAUGGAGACCCUCCCUCACCAGCUGCUCAACCUGUCGGAGAAGGCAGCACUGGAGCGGCUGGUGCAGUCAGAGGAGCCCUCGGUGCUGCUUUUCCCCCAGGACAGCACCGCUGUGCUGGAGCAGCACUUUGGGGGCUGGCAGCCGGAGGGGACUGUGCUGCAGCUGCUGAUGGGCAAGCUGCAGGCAGUGAUUCAAGAGCUUAAGGACAUCCCCUCUUUCCAAGCCAACAUGGGACUUUUCCAGCAUCUCCUGAGCUUCUGCUACUACACGCCAGGGCCAAGUGAGGUCCAAGCCAGCGAGCAGCCCCCCAACUCCGGGAAGCUGCACACGCUGCUGCUGCUGAAGGCUUUGCAGACGGUGCGUGCCCGCUGGCAGGAAAGGAGGAAAGUCCUGCGGCAGAACCGCAGCGCGCGCCACCAGGCCCACUGCCGCCUGCAGGAGCUGACCAUCGACCUCCACGACCGCAAGUUCAUCGUCAUGCCCACGGUGUACGUGGCCAACAACUGCGAGGGCCCCUGCAAGCUGCCCCUCUCCACCCGCGUCCCCAGCUACUACUCGCACACCGUGCUGCUGCUGGGCAUGCAGGAGCGGGGCUCGCCCCUCCAGCGGGCUCCCUGCUGCGUGCCCGUCCGCUACUCGGACCAGCUCAUCAUCAGCAUUUCCACGGAGGGGCUGGAGGUCCGCAAGUUCCCCAACAUGGUAGCAGAGGAGUGUGGCUGUCGGUAG